CCGCCGUAUCUUAACCUAACAAACCCUACGCAAGAAGAAGUACAUCCAUCGCUUAGAGAGAAGAAGAAAGAGGCAAGUUUUGACAAUGGCGGUAGAAGACACUUCCAAGCCUGUUGUCGUUGCGGAAGAAGCGAACCCUAACCCCACAGACCAUCCGAUUGAUCGAUACCAUGAAGAAGGCGACGAUACCGAGGAAGGAGAGAUCGCCGGCGGCGAAGGAGACGGAGACGAAUCGAGCAAAUCCGCCGUUCCGCAGUCGCAUCCGUUGGAGCAUUCGUGGACCUUCUGGUUCGAUAACCCUUCUGUUAAAUUAAAGCAGGCGACUUGGGGAAGCUCCUUGCGAUCCGUGUUCACUUUCUCCACCGUCGAGGAGUUCUGGAGUCUGUUCAAUAACAUGAAGGGUCCGAGCAAGUUAGCUGGCGGAGCUGACUUCUACUGUUUCAAACACAAUAUCGAACCUAAGUGGGAGGAUCCUAUUUGUGCUAAUGGUGGCAAAUGGACUAUGAACUUCCCGAAGGAGAAGUCUGAUAAGCCCUGGCUUUACACCUUGCUUGCGUUGAUUGGAGAACAGUUUGACCAUGGAGAUGAGAUAUGCGGAGCUGUUGUCAACGUUAGAGGAAAGCAAGAGAGGAUUUCCAUUUGGACCAAAAAUGCUUCCAACGAAGCUGCUCAGGUGAGCAUUGGGAAACAAUGGAAGGAGUUUAUUGAUUACAACAACAGCAUUGGUUUCAUCAUCCAUGAGGAUGCCAAGAAGCUGGACAGGGGCGCGAAGAGCGCUUACACCGCUUGAAACCCCAACAACUCUCUCAAAGGUUUACACCGUUUCAAAUACAGUUUUGUAUGUGAGAGAUCUCUAUUUACAUUUUCAAAACAUGACUUGACACUAGUAUUAUUAAUGUAUUUGAAUGGUCGUCAUAAAAAUUUACCUUUUAUAAAUUUAAACUUCUUGAAUCUUGA